UUUGCGGGCGUGGAAGUAUUUGAAUGGUGUUGUAUUUCUCAACAAUUAAAAACCGAAAAGAAUACUUACCGGGCAGCACCAAGGAUUGCGUGGUUUGCUUCUUGUAUUGUUGUUCGCAUUCUAAAUAACUCGCUCGUUCGGUGAUCUCGAGAAUGGUAAAAUCGAGCCUCGACUUCAGCUGAUCGUUGUGAAUACCGUUGAUGUACUCUAGUCCGAUUUGGCAUUCGAAGAGAACACGCCGCUUCGCCUAAAAAUCACCCUCAUUUUGUUUUCGCGUGCGAAAUUGGACGUGAUUUGAAAAAGAGGACACCGAAUUAUCAACUGAAAUAGUAAAGUAGUGCAUUCAUCAGGGUUUGCUUUGUUAGAUUUUUUUUGUUGCACUGCAAACCGUUGCAAUUCCUAGCGGCUCAGGAUGAAUAUUCUACAGGACGAUAACAUCGAGAACGCGAUGUCGGUGUUCCGCAGCGAAAGGCAAUUUUUAGAUGAAUCUCAAGUGCGGAUUCCUCCACGCCCUACUAAAAGUGACGCACCUGCCAAGGAACAUAAUAUUCAUCAUAAACGCCCAAAUGCUGGUGUAAAAAUUUACAACCUAAUUAUACUGAUCGUCGACAUCCUGGUGAUGGCGGUCCGGUGGAUUUACCAUACACUGGAAUCGAUCUACCUGCUAGUCGUGUCCCCAAAGGCGGAAGAUGUUAGCAAAGACGUUGUGUUGGUGACCGGUGCAGGACACGGAAUUGGCCGAUGUUUGGCCCAGCAAUAUGCCCAGCUGGGAGCGACCGUUGUCUGUUUGGAUAUCAACGAUAAGAUGAACAACGAAACCGUGGCCGGCAUCAAACAACAGCGUGGCAAUGCUUUUGGAUAUGUCUGUGAUGUCACCAACCGGGAACAGGUCAUUGAAACCGCUAAAGCCAUCAAAGAACAAGUCGGUGUUGUUACCAUCCUAGUGAAUAACGCUGGCAUCAUGCCAACGCAUCCAAUUCUACAGCAAACCGAAGGAGAAAUUCGCAAGACGAUUGAUGUUAAUGUUUUGGCUCAUUUCUGGAUGAUUCAAACAUUCUUACCAGACAUGAUUCAAAGGAAUCGCGGUUCCAUCGUCGCUUUGUCUUCGAUAGCAGGUCUAGUGGGCUUAAACAAUCUAGUUCCGUACUGCGGAAGUAAAUACGCGGUCCGUGGAAUCAUGGAAGCUCUGCAUGAAGAAAUCCGUCAGGAUGCCCGCAAACCUAACAUUCGACUCACCAGCGUCUAUCCAUAUAUGGUUGAUACCGGACUGUGUAAGAAACCGCAUAUGCGUUUUCCUAACCUGAUGAAUCUAGUUCAACCAGAAGAAGCAGCAGCUGCGAUUAUCGAUGGUCAACGACGAGGAUUGGUUGAGGUAUCAAUUCCUAAGUACCUCAUGUAUUUAAACGCUUUCGUACGCGUAUUUCCGCUGAAGGCUGGAAACCUGUUGAGAGAUUUUCUGGAUAGUGGAGUUGAGUCGGAUAUGUAACAAAAUUGACGGUUUAGGGACUAACGUUUUAAUAACAGAAUCACCAGAAUAAUUUUUCAUGGACAUGUGAUGAAGAUCUAUGAUCUUGUUCUCUUCUAGAAUUAAUAAGAAACCAAUGUUUACUCUGGGUUCAAGUCAAUAAAAAAUAGUAAAUGAUUAAAAUAAAAUCAGUGAUGUGAAUUGAGUUUGUCAAACAACUGCAAUAGCUUUGAAAAUUGUAAAAAGAUACUUUCGAAUCACAUGUUGCUCAAUAUAUACGUUCUUUCUCUAGAGGCAACGUUGAGUUGCUUGGUUUAAUUUAUUUUUGUUAGAUAUGCAGAGCCCGUUCAGGGUGACCGAUUCACUUCGAGAGAAGGGUACACACACCAAGCACAAAGCUCCGUUUAAUUUGUAUACUUUAACUGUAUUUCAUUUUGAUUAAAUCUGCUUUUUACGAUGUUGAUAAAUACAACAGUAAAUACACGAAUACAAAGAUUGU